AUGUGCACGAUUUCGGGUAAUUAUGCAUAUGAUUUUGGACAUUUUAGUAAACAAACUGUUGUCGGACCAAUUUUAACUUUAAAAAAUUUAUUGAAAAAACCGCAAACCGCUGGUCAUAUUACAAGGUUAACAACUGUUAUAAAUCGUCAUGACUUUCAUAAUAAAACAAGACAAUUUCAUGGUUCAGCAUUCGUAAAAUACGCGUCUCCAACCACAGAAGAAUUACCCAUGCGUAUUUUACUUCUUGGUAGUCCGGGUGCUGGAAAAGGAACUCAAUCCUCUCGCAUACAAAAAAGUUUUAAUAUUUCAGCCAUAACUAGUGGCGACCUUCUUCGUCAGAAUAUAGCAAAUGGUACAAGAGUUGGUAAAAUUGCUGCCAAGCAUAUGGAAUGUGGAGGAUUGGGUCGUCAGAAUAUGAAAAUGUGGAAAACCAGCUUCACUGCAUAUGUUCCAGAUAAUAUUAUGAUCGAAUUGAUCACUGAUGAACUUCAAAGAUUUAAUCGUCAGAACUGGCUAUUAGAUGGAUUUCCACGAACCAUUAAUCAAGCGACAUCCUUGGAUGAUAAUUUGUCUUUAUCGGGUCAACCUUUAAAUUUAGUCAUAAAUCUUCAUGUACCUGAAGAAGUUAUACUACAACGUAUCAUGGAUCGAUGGGUUCAUGUACCAUCAGGACGCAUAUAUAAUCAAAGUUAUAACCCACCUAGAAUACCUGGGCUCGAUGAUAUCACCGGUGAAAAAUUAACAAAACGCGCUGACGAUAACCCGGAAACGUUUAAAAUUCGAUUGCAAAAACAUCAUGAAUUAACCGAUCCACUAUUGGAAUACUAUGAUAAACAAAACAUUUUAAUCACUUGUACUGGUCGCACGAGCGAUGAGAUUUAUCCUCAAAUCGAAUCUGAAUUAAUUUCUCGAUACAGUGGUGGAAAAAUUAUUCAUCAUGAAAAUCGAGUUGUUGAUAUUCGCGAUGAUGACCUCGUCGUUAACGAGGAAAAACUUUGA